AUGCCAUUCAGUAACCCGGAUGCUAGCCUUCUAACAAGCUUAGAAGGCAGCUCUACCGCGGUACCGCUGAUCCAUUGUCGUGCCUUCUUCUUUGUGGAUUUAUCAAACAGCAGCAGACAAUACCAAUUCUUUGAUCUCCUUCAGAGCAACAUCAAGGGCGUAGCCUCCAAACUUUAUAAUGAUCCACGAUUGGACUUCCAAGCCAAUUAUCAGUGCUAUGGCGACGAUCUAUGCGGUGGACCUGACGCCAGCACGACACUUGAUCAGACGAACUUCAAUGCAGUUGUUGACGGGUCUUUUGAUGAAGUAUCGGGGGAGCCACACCCUAACGCGCAGACAAUUGAAUACGCCGCCUCCAGGAUGGGGGUCCAUUUUGGCAAGAUCGUGACCCUACUGCAUACUGACAGUAGUCAAACUGACAUCGACGCGGCUGCUAAUCAAUGGAAAGAUCAAACCAUCGGCUAUUCGUUCGAGGGCGAUGACAUGUCGGCAGUGUCGAUCUACAGCUUUGACGGGGACGAUCAAGAGACAACCGUUCAGAACAUUGUCGACCUAUGCAAGUUGUAUACGAAUGAG